GUGCUGCCUCGUGUCGCUAUACUUUUAACUUACCUUUAAUCAAACUUCCCCCCUUUGCUAAUCAACGACAUUCAUACUGUACUCUACCUCCCGUUGCCACGUUUCCACUUGGUUACCGCCGAGGAGCCAUCGCGCGAUACCACAAACCACAACAACUUCAGCAUUUUCUUACCGCUACCACGAUAACAAGUCAACAUGUCGGUUGAUAUCGAGCCGUUUGAGCUGUCCUUUAGACGCCCUUUUACCACCGAGGUCUCCCAGACCUUGACUCUGAAGAAUCCCAACCCUACCCCCGUAGCUUUCAAGGUCAAGACCACCGCCCCCAAACAAUACUGUGUACGACCAAAUGCAGGCCGCAUCGAGGCCGGCCAGAGCUUCGAUGUCUCUGUCCUCCUUCAAGCUAUGAAGCAGGAUCCCGCUCCUGACGCGAAGUGCCGUGACAAGUUCCUUGUCCAAUCCGCCCCCAUUACCGCCGAUAAGGAGUUUGCCAGCGUUGCCAAUGUCCUUGAAACAACCGACAAAGCCCACCUUAUCGAGCGCAAGAUUCGAGUCAACUGGCUCGCGGCUGGCGACGCCGACCAAGCUCCUAACCGACCUUUGUCCACACCUAACAAGCAGGCUAUUGCUAACGGCAUCAACGACACUCCCGACGUUUCGCGUACAUUUUCUUCACCUGGCGUUCGAGAUGAGUCGCCCUCAUCCUCGGCAGCGCCCCCUCCUUACCAAUCACCCAAGGAAUCCUCCUACGAGGACGAGAAACCCAAAUCUACCUACGAGGAUUCCGAAGUCAAGAGCACCAUUGCUCAAGCUACAACAGCCAUCAAGGAGACUGCAGAGCUGACCUACGAGGAGCUUAAGGCUAAGCUUGCCCAGGCGGAACAGCAGCUUGUGGCUCUCAAGGAUAGCGGUCUUCGACAGCGCAACGUCAAGUCCGCCUCUAGCGAUGAUGACAAACGACCUCUCGCGCAGACCGCCCAAGCUGUCACCCAAACCGUCGAAGGUGUCCCUGUGCAGAUGGCGGCCAUUCUUUGCUUGGUCAGCUUCCUGCUUGCCUACUUCUUCUUCUAGAGAUAAGGAGGAAGUGGCAGUCCUUGGAUCUUUUCGACAAACGAAAUUAAUAGACAGGCUUGACGACGCUCAUGAGAAAUCAGCCGGAGACUUGGGAUCCCCGGAUGCAUAAAUCUUCAAAGUACGGCGAGGACAAAGCAUAGGAUCAGGAAGCAUAUCAUACGAUCGGCGGAACACUGCAGGAUUCACGGCUCAACAUGAUUCGAAAACCACUUUAAGGAUACCUUUGAGACAGCGAACCGUGUCGCCAGGAGAAUGUGGCUUCGGUCAGCAGGGUUACGAACGCCUUGCGGCUGGAAUUGAAAGUUGCGCUGAGGAGUUUAAAAGCGAUGGGAGGAGGAUGUGGCUUCCGAGGCGGAAGCUUUGACUGUACACUCUUACCUUGAGCCUUUCAUGGCUCUCGUAUUUUCUUGUGUCGUAUUAU